AAAACACAUAUAUCUGCAUUAACCACGUGUGUCGAAGGUUCUCCGAAGAAUUUCAAAAAAUAUUUUUACUUACAAUUAUCUAAAAUGUGGGACAAAGACGCCAGAUAAUCGCGAAUAUUAGCGACUGAAUUUAUUGUUGCCAGGGGCAACUGCAGAAACUUUGUAUCGCUACAAGCCGUCGAAUCACUGCGGCUCACUGCGGUCGAAACGCCUUUGUGAAGAAAACCUCAAUUGUCGGAGAAAGAAGCUUCAGACGAGCUGAUACAUCAUGACACCGCCUCAGAAAACCCCAACAGACCUGAAAACGAUGAUCAAAGACACUAAACAGGAUAUGGAAGAUGUCCACCAAGCCCUGGAAAAACUCCGAAGCCUUUCCCAGGACGAACGGACGGAGGCAGGAGCUCUGCGCUCGAGAAUCGACGAGCAGUCUUCUCUGAUCUGCAUUCUGAAACAGAGAGCGGACGAGAUGCUUCAGCGCUGUCAGGCUCUGGAAAAGAUCAACGCCGAGCUGGAAAACCUCAGAGCCGACGUGCAGGAAGAGCUGGAGAACGAGAGGAAGAAAUCCGAAAUGCUGGAGCAGAGAUUCAUGGAUCUGGCCGCCAACCACAGAGAACUGAUCAACUUCAAAAAUGAAUACAAAAGCCAAAAUGCCAAGCUGGUGAAAGAAAACGAGAGACUCACGGAGGAACAUGAAAAGCUUUUCAGCAAAGAGCUGCAGGAGAAAGAGGAGACCAUCCUCAAACUGACCCGGGAGCUCAAGGACUUGGCCGAACAGCACAAGAGAUUAGAAACAGAGUACCAGGAGAAAACAACAGGUUUCCAGACCAAACUGAAGGAGUUGAUCAAUCUCCAUCAAAUCAAAGAAGCCUCUCUGAAAAGCGAAUUAAACGACACACAAAAGCAACUCAAGACUGCUGUAGAGAUGUUUGCGGAGCUGGAUCUCAAACUCAGACAAAGUCAAGAAAAAGAAGCGACGAGAGAAACGGAGACUCAAGUGAAGCUGGAAAGACUGAUGGAGGAGAAGAACGAGCUCAUUGAUCUCUCGGUGCAACGAGGGAAAAUGAUACAGGACAAACAAGCGGAAAUUGAGGAGUUGGAGAGAAAGAGACUGGAAGCUGAUAAUGGACGAUUGGAGGCACAGCGCAGGUUUGAAAAGGAAGCAGCAGCUGUGAACGGUGACUUAAAAGUGAAGGAGCUACAGAAUGCUCUGGAGAGGGCGGAGGUGACGUGUGAUGAGCUGAAGAAGGAGUUUGAGGCAUUUAAAAAGUACAGCAGUGAACUGCUUGACAAGGAGAAAUUAAACUGCAAACUGCGUCACAUGGUCCUGUAAACCUGCCAUCCGGUCAUUUCAUUUCAUCCAUGUCACUUUUUAACAGCCAAGCUCCUCGUCCUGGACCUCUCAUGAGCACACAUGCACAAACCAGAAGUUUUUUUCAAUGGAACGUCUUCCAUCAGUAGGGGGCGGUGCAACAUUCUUCUGUAGCGAAAGUUUUGAGUUUGCAAAUUUAUUCUUUUAAGGAAUAAGGAAUAGUUUACUUGAAAAUAAAAAAAAAUCUCUAUUACUCAUCCUCAUGCUAUCCCAGAUAUGAUGAUUCCUUUCUUCAGUUUAAUACAAACAAAUAAUUGUAUAUGAAAAUAUGGUAAUGUAACUGCGUCAUUUCACUUUAGAAGACAUUUAUUCACCCAAUGAAGUCAUUUAAAAUCUGUUAUUGAUGGAUGUUCGUGCUAUUUUGAACUUUGCCAUGUUAAGAUUAUAACUUGGUGGCAAUUUCAUUAUCGAUUGUUUAUGUUAAAGCUCCAGUAAAAUACAAAAGACAAUUCUUAUUUUUUCAUGAAAUAUUGCAGCGUUUAUAAUAAAUAUCUUAUCAAUGUGAACAAACAUAAAAUUCAUGUACAGCGGCAAAAUUUCAGUUUUUGGAAAUGGUACGUAACAACAUUUAUUCCAAAUAAAAAUAUAUUCAGAUUUAAUAGCAGAACACUUAAAUAGGGCAAAAUAACAAAAAUGUGUAAAUAAAAUAAAUGUUUGCAGAUUCUUAUUCAUGUUUCAACAACUAUCUGAAUGGUUAUUAGGAUCGGUUCAAAAUUGAAUACAAGAGAUAUAUAUAUAUAUAUAUAUAAUCACUUUGUCAUUGGACAUUGGACUGGAAUGACCACAAUACAGCUAGAAAUGAUGAUUAAAAGCAAAAGCUAGAUUGAUCUCUACAUUGUAGAUCUGGGAUAGAGUGAGGAUGAAUACAUUUUGCGAGAAUUUUCCUAUUUGGGUGAAAUCGAAUCAUUCUUUUCACGUUCAGGGCCCGUAUUCACAAAACAUUUUAUCUUACCACUUAUAGUUCCCCUUUUUUCUUAAAACCUAUUCACAACGUUGCUGAGAGCAGCUUUAACUAAAAUAAAUCUUAAACUAAGCGUAAGGGUGGGUUAACCUCGUUGCUAUGGAUGAUGUCACCAAGCUUACUGACUAUGACCACAAUGAUUGGCUUAGAGGACGGGUCUCUGUCAGUCACUUAAUCAAAGAAAUAUAAUAGAAUGAGGUGUCAUGCUGACAUAUUUAAAUUAAGAUCUUCAAAUAAAUUUUUUUAAAAUGUAGUUGUUAAUAUUUAAGUUAACGUUUUAUUAUUAAAAAAUAUAGGUUUAGCUUUUUGUCAGCAUCUCAUGAACGGUUAGCAGAUACAAGUGGUCUUUGUGGUUAAGAUCAUUGUCAUGAAAAUCUUUCUAAAAUGUUUACAUUUUUAGGCAGACUGCCGCUGUCACAGCCUUUUAAGGAUUGUUGUGAGUUGAUCUUUGUUAUUUCGGAGUCCUUUAACUGCUUCUAACAUUUCAUAGAUUUAGGAGUAGCAUCAAAAGGCAAAAAAUUUGGCCUACAUUAUUUUAAAGAUUUUUGUAACGGGCCCAGAUGAGUCGCUGAACUGAUUCUGUGAAAGGAAAAAACUUUUAACAUAUUUCCACUGUGGUUUGGUGAUGGUAUUAACAUCUGUCAUCUGUAUAUGCAAUAAAUUAGACUGUUGUGUAUGUAGCCUAUAGAUAAAACUGUGUUAGUAAAACAUCUCGAGCCAUAGAGAAUUCUAGCCUUAGUUCUUCUAUUUCAUACCAGCACUUUAACCAACUUUCUCCAGAUCAUAUCAAUAAGAGCGUCGUGUCUGUACUGUACCUGUCAAUUACGUAGGUAUACAAUUACAGUAUUUACCUUGCGUUUGUCAUGUUGACGAUUUUGUCAGUUGUACAGUUUAGUUUCAGGGCGUUUGUCUCGCUAGUAAUUUUAGUGUCAUUCCUGAAGUAAUAUGUGGGCAGGUUGUUUGAGUUAUUGUACAGUGGUCAUCUGGUCCACAUGCUCAUAUGUUUUAUUGAACAGAACAGCUGGACAGACGUUCACACCUCCAGCAUGUGCAUGUUAGAUCUGUCGGCAUGUCUUGUGGCCCGAAUCCUUCUCGUGACUACAUGUUUGUACUGUCGUCUUAUCCGUUGUACUAAGUCGAGGACAAGUUUGCAUCCUUGACAUAAGUGACCAGCGCACCUGCCCUUUAAUUUCAUUUGACCUUUGAAUGGCUUACUGGGCAAUGGUUCGUAACCCCGUUGCCAUGACAAUCUUUUCUUCAGAAGUGCCAUGAAUAUGGGAAUGGCCUUAUAUGGGAAUCACUGGAAAGACUUGGAAUGACCUUCUGCUUCUGUGACCCGCUUUGUUUUCUUGAUAUUGCUGUCAUACUAAUCUAAAGAGCACUUGACUGUUAAAAUCAUUCAUUUUGGAUGAUGUGUAAAGCAUUUCGUGCAUAAAUAAAAGCAAAAUGUUGAA